AUGGACCACUCUGUACCUCUUGUUCCGUGCUCCUACGCACGAGUGACGAUGUCUGCGCACAAACGAAUCGUUCGAACAGAGGUUUCGCACGAGAGAGCAGUGAUUGAACAGGUGUUCCCAUCCUCACCCAUUGUGUUCGAACAGAGGCUUCCACAAGGGCAAGAUGUGGCCGAGCAGGGGAUCGCCACCGAGUGUGACGUGGAUGGACAGGAGUCCUCACGUGCGAACACGAUGGUCGAACAGGGGUUCCUACAAUCACCCGCUGUGGUCAAACGGACGUUCCCACAUGAGCAAGACGUGGUCGAGCAGGGGCUCCCACACGAGUUUGUGGCGGUCAAGCAGGGGCUCCGGAAUCAUGCGUCGACUGACGAUGAUCGGCUACUUUCCUCGCGCAAUUUUGACGUCCUGGAUGAAGACAUUCAGCGUCUAGAGUGCGGUGCAGAUUUAACACCUGGCUGCGGUUCGCCAGCUUCAAGCAUGGACUCGAAGCCCAAUGGGGACGCAAGCUACGGGAACUUAGCGUUGGAAUGUGUCCACGCUAUUGUGUACGUGGACGGGAGUCCACAAAGGCGCCAACACAUUGAGGUCGCGAGUCCACCUCGAGAAGCGUCGUCGAUUACGAGCCUUUCAGGACUCCCCUGUUAG